UAGGCUUAAUAGAUUCGUAUCGCAAAUUAGUCUCCAUCUGUGCAAUUGAUUUUGUAAUUAGUUUAUGUUUAAUACUUCUAAUUAGUAUCUAAAUAUUCGAUGUGACAGGAAUAUUAGGAGUGACUAAAAAACAAAACACCCCCGGAGCGUCAUUUUAAAGGCGAUGUGUUAUGAAAGCCAUGCAGGCAGGCCGUGCGAAACGUGCGCGCUGAAUUAAAUUUGGUCAUAAAUCGUGAAGGUAUACCAGGAGCUGGCGAUGGCGUGGCGAGGGCCCAAGUUGACUUUUUACUCUGCACUUCUGCAGUCCCAGCUUAGCCGCCAUCAGAAUUCGGCGAGCAUUUGAUGGGUGCUUUGAUUGCCCGAUUCCGAAGAGCAAGCAAUCAGUAGUAACUCCAUAUGCCAUUGCCAGCCGUCUUCUCGGCGCCGCCGCGGCGGGCGAGCGUUUACACCCACCCCGCCCUCUCGAUCGCCGCCGUCGUCGCCGCCGCACGAGCCAAAACCAGAAACCAUCCUCCAUCCUGCUCCAGGAGGAGGACGGCAGCGAGGUCCCGGCUCCCUUCCACACUAGUCUCGUUCCGGCCGACAGCGAUGUCCCCGUGCUCCUGCUCCUCCUCUUCCUCCUGCUCCUCGCGCGCGCUCACACCCACCUAACCCAACCGGCUCCGACCCCAGGCAGAGAGGCAGGCCAGGCAGGGUCCUCUUCUCUCCAACUCCUCUCCUGCUACUGACCACACCACACCUGACUACCUGUUACCUGCCGAGCCCCGACGACCGCUUCCGCGAUCCCCCAAUCCAACCCAAUCCAAUCCAGGGCUGCACGCGAUGCCCAAGGCGACGAAUCGCCGGCGGAAGCGCGGCGCCGACGACGAGGACGCGGGCGAGGGCAGCGCCAACAAGAGGUCCGCCACCAGCGUCCUCACUUCGCUGGACGUCAACGACGCCCCGCGACUCGAGCUCCCCCUCUUCCAGCUCAACGGGCGCCGCUCCGACCGGCACAAGGAGGAGGAGGAGGAGGAGGAGGAGGAGGAGGAGGAGGUCACCGGAGGCGGAGGAGGCUCGUCGUCCGCGCCCGCCGCGGCGGCGGCGGCGGCCAGCGGCCAGAGCCCGCACCAGCAGCGCCGGCUGUGGGUCAAGGACCGGUCGCGCGCCUGGUGGGAGCAGUGCAGCAGCGCAGACUACCCGGAGGCCGACUUCCGCGCCGCCUUCCGCAUGGGCCGCGCCACCUUCGCCAUGCUCUGCGACGCGCUGGGCGCCGCCGUCGCCAAGGAGGACACCGCGCUCCGCGCCGCCAUCCCCGUCCGCCAGCGGGUCGCCGUCUGCGUCUGGCGCCUCGCCACGGGGGAGCCGCUCCGCCUCGUCUCCAAGCGAUUCGGCCUCGGCAUCUCCACCUGCCACAAGCUCGUCCUCGAGGUCUGCGCCGCCAUCCGCAACCUCCUCAUGCCGCGCUUCCUCCGCUGGCCCGACGCCGCCGCCGCCGACGCCUUCAAGGCCCGUUUCCAGGCCGACUCGGGGAUCCCGGGCGUCGUCGGCGCCAUCUACACCACCCACAUCCCCAUCAUCGCGCCCAAGGUCUCCGUCGCCGCCUACUUCAACCGCCGCCACACGGAGCGCAACCACAAGACCUCCUACUCCAUCACCCUGCAGGGGGUCGUCGGCCCCGACGGCGCCUUCACCGACGUCUGCAUCGGCUGGCCGGGCUCCAUGCCCGACGACCAGGUCCUCGACCGCUCCGCGCUGCAGCAGCGCGCCGCCGCCGGCAUGAUGGCCGGGUCCUGGGUCGUCGGCGGCGCCAGCUUCCCGCUCACGGACUGGGUGCUCGCCCCCUACGCGCAGCCCAACCUCACGUGGGCGCAGCACGCCUUCAACGAGAAGGUCGCCGAGCUCCGCCGCGUGGCCGUCGACGCCUUCGCGCGGCUCAAGGGGCGGUGGGCGUGCCUGCAGAAGCGCACCGAGGUGAAGCUGCAGGACCUCCCCGUCGUGCUGGGCGCCUGCUGCGUGCUGCACAACAUCUGCGAGUCCCGCGGGGAGGAGAUGGACCCGGGCCUCAUCUGCGACCUCGCCGACGACGAGACGGCGCCGGAGAACGCCGUGCGCUCGGACAGCGCCAGCAAGGCCAGGGACGACAUCGCGCACAACCUUCUCCACAGCGGCCUCGCCGGCACCAAAUUCUUCUGAAUCCGGGUUGAUCGAUGGAUUGGUACGGCGUCACUGCAAGCAUUCGUUCCUGCAUCGUCGCCGGUCGCCGACGGUUCGAUCGAUCCUCUCUUCGGCUUAUCUACUAUUACUUGUUCAUGGCCAUUUUCAUUGGAAUCAUCGAUGGAAUUGAUUCUUUAUAAUUUAGGGAGGUCAUCCUCAUAGAACACACAGAUACACAGGGAUUAAACCGUGGGUUCGUUUUUUGACAGGAUUUAGAUUAGUAUAUAGUACAUAUCCAAGAGCAAGAAAAGAAACACAUGCGUUUUCCUUUGGUUAUUUAUUAUGACAUCAUGUGAAAAAGACCCAGUUCCAGAGAGGAAAAGGAAAUUGAAAAUAUCACUUCCUCAUGUCAUGUGCAAGAUCCAGUUCUUUCAAGAAAACAUGUCUACGCCAGUCGCAAACUUGGGCAUGGUUAUUCUUUGUGUCAGAAAUAGGAUAUAGCAAGAUGGGUUUGGCUGGACAAUGGGCGUGGUUCGUUCAGUUGUUUGACUAGGAGAGGCCGGGCUUGAAUUUCUUAGGUGCGUGCGAUGUAAAAGGGGUUCAUGGCAUGACUUGGAGCAUUCCAUUCCGUUUUCUUUGGUGGACGGGGUGUGAUUGUGUGAAUUGUUUGACAUUCCCUGAAUCUGAUCUGCCCUGUACUGGCUUCCGAGUUGAUGAUGAUGUUGAAACAUCUGCUGGCUUCGGUCUGUUU